AUGAGGACAUCCGUCAGUGGACACGAAGCUUGGACCACCACCUACCUCUCUUUCGAAACAUCCGCAAACUCUCUCAACAGGAAGCAUCAACAAACACGAUCCAGUCCACUUCGGUACUCAAUGGACUCGCCUCUCCUCAACCAGCUGUUCCGACAGCUUUUCAACCACCGAGCAUGUCAAUGCACACGCUCGACGUCCGUCCGACGACUAAAGGCCACGAGACAUGGCUCAGGGCUACGCCUUUACCAACAGUCGCGCUCAUUUCUCAGCAGACGAGAAACCAGCUCAAAGAGGAAUGCGACUAAUGACGGGACCAUGUGGACGAAACGUGAUGAUUAUCCCAGGGAUUUGGACCAGCAAUUGCGAACGUUUCCUCUUGUUACAGCGAAGGAUCUGCGGAGUAGACGUGAGAGACCGAGGCAGGUGAAAAUGUUGACGAGGGAGUUUAUCGAGGACAGUUUAUACAACCCGCAUUACGGCUACUUCUCAAAACACGCCACCAUCUUCCACCCCGGCGAACCAUUCGAUUUCAGUCGCAUAGAAGACGGUCCUCACUUCCACCGGCUACUCGGCGAGCGAUACACAGAAUUCGAAGAUAAACUCGACGAAACAAACCCAGACAUUGCUCGACAAUUAUGGCACACACCCACGGAAUUGUUUCGACCUUAUUACGGAGAAGCGAUUGCUCGAUAUCUAGUCACAAAUUACCGAUUAUCACUAUACCCCUACCACGACCUGAUAAUCUACGAAAUGGGUGCGGGAAACGGAACGUUAAUGUUGAAUAUUCUCGACUUUAUCCGCGAUUCUGACCCGGAAGUUUACGCCCGCACCAAGUUCAAAAUUAUAGAAAUCUCCUCGUCGCUCGCAAAACUUCAAUGGGAGAAUCUACAUGCUUCCCUCAGCGCGGGAGGCCAUACGGGACAUGUACAGAUUAUUAAUAAAUCCAUUUUUGACUGGAAUGAGUACAUUCAUUCUCCAUGCUUCUUCCUCGCGCUCGAGGUGUUUGAUAACUUCUCGCACGACGCGAUUCGAUAUGACUAUGAGACCGAAAUGCCGCAACAAGGCGGCGUCGUGAUCGAUUCCGACGGCGAGUUUUGUGAGUAUUACAAUACAACCCUUGACCCGCUCGCAUCGCGCUUUUUGCGAGCUCGACAAGCUGCGUCCCGUCGACCGUUUCCUACGCCUUUACCGUCAAAAUUAUCCCGAAGUCUACGCAGUUCGUUACCUAUCGGUAGACGCGAUUACACUCUCCCGGAAUACAUACCCACUCGCCUCAUGCAGUUUUUCGAUAUAUUGCGCGACUAUUUCCCGGCCCAUCGAUUGUUAACGAGUGACUUUGACAGUCUACCAGACGCAAUACCAGGAAUAAACGCACCUGUCGUUCAAACCCGCUACAAACGGAGAACCGUUCCUGUCUCAACUCCAUUCGUCCACCAAGGCUACUUCGAUAUCUUCUUCCCCACAAACUUCAAUGUAAUCGAAGAUCUCUAUCGCGCAAUAACCGGAAAAUUGACAUUCGUUGGUAGUCAUCAGGAAUUCAUGGAACGAUGGGCUUAUAUCGGUGAUACGGAGACGAGGAGUGGUGAGAAUCCGUUGCUGACGUGGUAUAAGAAUGCCAAGGUUUUGGCUACUGUAUAGACUUUUCCCGUUAGGAUGUGUAUAUUAGGUUAAUAUCCAUGUUUUGAAUAGGAGUAUGUAAAUAUGUGAUGUUUUCUGUCC